GCAAUUGUCAAUUAUGCUUCUAUUACUUAGCUACGUUGUACUGGCAACCAUAUUUAAUGGCUAAGUAAAAAUAGUUUAACGACUAAUCAUGUGACCUCCCCUCUGCGUCCUAGACAAAGUAUUGUUGAGGAUUCAUAUUAAUUGGUUAGUUUUACAUUGACUAUUGCAUCCCUUCUCUUUUACACGAGCUCCCCUAGGCAGAGUAACACCCCCGUAAACAACGUAAAAUCAUAACAUUUGGAACUCUUUCACCAACACGAAUCUUAUCAUAGAAAAAGUGGAUAUUUCAGGCCAUAGCCCACAUUAUGUCAAUAAUGUUUGUAGAUAUUGUUUCCUAUUUCUUCAAGUACAUGAGCCAUGUGCUUAUGUGAAAUGGUAUCUUAUUUUGGCAACUAUACAUCAUGUUGUUCUUGAAACAGGCUGCAAAAAUUCUUGCUAAUUUAAUUGUAAUGGGCUCUUCUAUAUUGGCAAGGGAUUUUGUUCAAACAUAUUGCCAGGCAUUGUCCAAUGCCUCGAAUAAUGGUGUUGCUCAAGAAGCAGUGCAGAAUAUAAAAAGAGUUAGCAAAACCAUGACGGAAGCAGAGGCAAGACAGAUUCUUGGUGUCACAGAGGAUUCAUCAAGGGAAGAAAUUGUGCAGAAGUAUGAGAACUUGUUUGAGCAAAAUGCUAAAAAGGGAAGUUUUUACCUUCAACCAAAGGUACAUAGAGCUAAAGAGUGUCUGGAAGAAGUUUACAAACCUAAAGAACCAGAAACCAAAAAAGGAAAAUUAGACACAUCACAGACAACACGACACUCUCCCACCAUUUGGUAGUAUGAAUGUGUACGAAGGGAUCAAUUUCUUGAGUAGCUUACAAGAAAAGAAGUUGAAAAAACUGGAUAAGUCAAAUUCAUUAUUCAAGCUUCUUGUAUAAUGAUGUUUAAGUCACAGCAAAAAUGCUAUUUAUCUAGCAUUAUUUUGAUGUUAAAAUAUCAUGAUGCAUAAAAUCGUUGUAAUUUAAAAAGCAAGGCAAAUGCCUCUUAUAUUGUUGGAAAUUAUAUGUAUUGUCACGAAGGAGCAAAUAGUUUGAAAAUACAUGUAGUAAAUGACAAAUUCGUAUGAACUCCGAUAGUUUAUAUCAAAUAAAUAAAUGCAUGAUAUGUGUUUAGACA